AUCAUAGUUGGAGAAGCUGGCCUUCUUACGCGUCGGCCUACUCAAAAGUAACUCUUACCACACUUGUAAUGUGAUUCUAUCAGGAGCAGUCAGUGAAACACAGUCGUCACUUUAGGAAGAAGAAAGUGAGAAAGAGAGCAUGCGGAAAAAAGUUAUUUUCUCUUCUCAUGCUGCUGCUAACACCAUUUAUUUCAAAUUUAUAUGAAUAUACAAGCUAGCUAGUGUUUUGCUUAUAGUUAAAUAUAUUGUCAGACGCAUAUUUAUAUUCUUCCUCGUCUAAGUCUGUAUUCCGUCUUUGCCUUUAAUUUUUUUUUUUUCUGUACACGUGUCCCACUCUUGGCUCUGCUAUCGUUACAAUCACCUGAAUCAGCAGAAUAAUUCUUAGCUUGUCUCCAUCGGAACUCAUCUGCGAUUUUUAGAUACUUUGUUGUUUCACCACCGAAAUUCUUCGAACAACUUUCAUAAAUGAUUUGUUGGUGAUGUAAAUUUUUAAUAGGCUGUUUACUAGAAUACUUUUUGAAACUUAUAUAUAUUUUUAUACAGAAGGAUUUAUAUUUAUAUAACAUGGCGUUAAGGGGACUUAUUCUGGGCUUCUGCCUGGUGAAUAUUGCACAAAUAUUAGCAAUUGAACCAUCAUCAGAUACAUACGAUGAAAUGUACAGCAGGGCAAGGGAUGCUUACAGGAGUCAAAGCUGGCCUGAAUGUGUGAAACAAAUCAAUGAUGCUUUGAAAGAUUAUAAAUUCUAUCGAAGUACUUUAAUUACUUGUCGGCGUGAAUGUCGAGGAAAUGUGAUAAAUGAAAAUGAAACUUCAGUUACCCCGGAAUUGGAGAAUAUGAUACCGUUUUUCUUCAAGAUUAUCAAAGUAUCGAACUGUGUUCGAAUUUGUAAACAAAAGAACAUGCCUAACAGGCCUGAUGUAGCUGUUCACUUAGAUGUCGAAGACGAUUUCGAGAUGCGAAUGCCUUACGAUUAUUUACAGUUCUGUCAUUAUAAGGCUACAAAAAUCAAUUAUUAUACCACACCUACUUUGCAACCAUAUUGUCCUACCCACCAGAUGAAAGAAACUUGUACACAUAAGAUGGAUAAUGUAAAAGAAGCUGUAGCUGCAGCAUACACCUACCUCAUGGCUGAUGCUAAACAAGAUACAACAGUGCAGAAUCUUAUGUUUUACCAACAAUUUCCUGAAGUUGAUACAUCAGACUUUAUUGAUCUUGAACGGCGACCUUACCAGACUGCUUUCAUCAAUGGCCAAGAAAAUCAACGUAAUGGAGACUGGCAAGAAGGUAUAAAAUACAUAGAGGAAGCUAUCAAUGAGUUCAUCAAAGAAGAGGAAGAUUGCCGAAUUCUCUGUGAAGGUCCUUAUGAUCAUGAAAGUUUCCCAGAGUUUAUCAAUGCAAUAUCAGAGCACUAUAUCAGUGUUUUAAAAUGCCAGGAUAAAUGUGAAGAAAAGCUAAGCUUACUUUAUGGUGAGAAAGUAAAAGACUUCUUCCCAGAAAUGUAUAACUAUUUACAGUUUGGUUACUACAAAUUGAAUGAUAUUCCAAAUGCAGUAAAGGCUACAGCUUCUUAUCUAUUGUUGAAACCUGAAGAUCCCACCAUGUUGGAAAAUAAACGGAUUUAUAUAAAGUCUGGAAUAACACCUGAAAAUAUUAUACCUCGACCAGAAGCAUUGAAGUAUUUCACACAUACAAAACAGAUAAAAAACAUACUGCAAUAUGUCGCGGAGAAAUAUGUUUCUGCUGUUGAUGAUGAAGGUGAAGUAGAUGAUAGUUUGAAAUCAAUAGACUUGGACAGUGUGGACCCUCUUAACUACAAGCGUCUGAGUGAAAGCCAUUAUUUACACAUAUUUGAGAAAUAUGGUUUGAGAAUUAUGGCUGAACCAAACGACCUCUUUGAACCCUAUCGUUUAGUUGUGGAUGGUUUUAUUGGAGAUGAGCAGUGUCAAGAAAUGGUAAACCUGGUAACUAAAAUGAAUGUUUCUGACGACUACAAUGUUGGAUUACGCUUGUUGCUUCGGAUAAGUGGUAUUGCAAAACAAUUCAUCCAGAAAUAUUUAAAUCACAAUAUUUUCCAUUAUUCCACAAAGGUUAUUUGCAAAGAUAAAUGGAAUGGGAAUUGUUUCUUCACUGAAUCUGGUAAAUGUCUUUCAGAAUUUGUUCCAGAAGGGAGUUUUCAGAGUAUAACACAUCUUUCAAGCAUUCCUAAAGCUGGUGGAAGUUAUUUUGCCAAGCCUGAAGAGAUAAUUAUUCGACCAAAGUGUGGCAGAAUGAUCCUCUUCAGGUCAACAGAUCCACUCGGUAUGAAACCUUUCAACGAAUCAGAAAUGCAAAGAUGUGUUUUGUGGAAUGUUUUUGGAAAUGUCCCCAUGCAAGAUGAAAUUGACCAUUUAGAUGCUCUGAUCCUUCUUAGGAACAUGGACGAACAGGUUAUGUUGAACACUUCUGAAAACCGAAACCAAGUAUUAAAUGAUUUAUUAAAUCAAGGAGUUGAAGUGGUCUCUACUGAGAAAGAGAUGCUGGGCAAAGAAAGAUUUAUUGCUGAUGGUUUGGCAUCACAAGCUGAAUGUGAAACUCUCAUUGAUUUAGCUAAUGCAGGGGGCUCGUUAGGGGAUGGCUAUGACAGAGAAGCAUCUCCCCAUUCAGCUAAUGAGUAUUUUGUGGGCCUGAGUAUCCCAGGUGCUAUCGAGCUUGUCAAAGAAGGUACUGUUAGUUUCGAUGCUGUAAGUCUCCUUCUGAAACUUGCAGAAAAAGGACGUCUGUUAGUAGAGAAAUAUUUAAAUUUAACUAAACCCCUCUACUUUGAUUUCACUCAUUUGGUCUGUCGUACAGCUGUAGAUGAAGAUGAAUUAGACCGGAAUGAUUUAUCUCAUCCAAUUCAUGCAGACAACUGCCUUCUUCAGCCUGAUGGUACUUGUUUAAAAGAAGUACCAGCCUAUAUACAAAGAGAUUACAGUGCCAUCAUCUACUUAAAUGGAGAAUUCACAGGAGGAGAAUUCAUUUUUGCUUAUCCAAAUAAGUCAGAACAGUUGUCUAUGAAACCAAAGUGUGGAAGACUAGUUGGCUUCAAUGCUGCAGAUUAUCAUGGAGUGAAAGCAGUCAUAAAAGGCCAGCGCUGUUGUUUGGCUAUGUGGUAUACUCAAGAUCCAGACUUCAAAGAACUGGCUCAUAGCCAAGCUUACAAAAUUCUAAAACAAGUAGAGAAAGAGCGAGAGGAAAGCGAAAAAUCUAGUUCUGACAGUGCUGACAAUGAUAUUGAAAAAGACCAACCAAAUUCUUCUGAUUCUUCCACAGACAUUUCUUCAAAAGAAAAGAACACAGACAGUAUAUCGAAUAAAAAUGAAGAAUUGUAGGCCUAGCUUUAUGAUAUGUCUUCAUGCUGUGAAAAAAGUAUUAUUAAUAUUUUUAUGUAAAUAAUUUCAAUAGACAUCUUCAUCUUUACUGUCUUCCUCACAAAAUGUUUGAUAAGAGGAAAAGCCACUCAAAAAGUCUUUCGAUAAAAAACACUCACCCCACACACACACACACACACACACACACACACAUACGCACGCACACACACACACACACUUGCUCAUAUAUUCGCACUCAAAAUGCAAAUUUGAACAAAUUCUAAUGCCAAAGCUGAACUAUAUCUCAUAACAAAAAACAGUUAUUGACAAUCAACAUAAAAGUAAAGCAACAAAAUGAUGAUGUUGAUCUAGAAGCUUUAAUUAUAUAUAAAUUUGAAUAUAAAAUAUAUAUAUAUGUUUUGUAUUGAAUUUUAUGCAUAAUGCUUUUAUAUGUGACAUCAAAAAAAUGCGUAUAUAUAUAUAUGUAUAUAUAUAUAUGUUUAUGUAAAACAUGUAUAUAUGUGUAUAUGUACAUAUACAUGUAAAUAUAUGUGUGUAUAUAUUGAUAUGUAAAUACAUGUGUGUAUGAAAGGGUGUGUAUGGCUUAACAAAUGCUUUAUGUUAAAGAAUAUAGGUGCUAUUUUGAAGUAUUUCUCUUUGUAGAACAAUCAAGAACAAAUAUUGGAAAUUUAUUAAAACUGAUUAAAAAUUAAACAAAAUUUAAA